UAUUACUAAGACAAGUGCAUUUCCGGUAAAAACUUUCAACAACGUUUUUUUACUAAAAAUGAUAAAGAGAAAGAAUUAAUAAGAUAAUAGAACUUACCCAUCAUGUCUGUGAUAAUAGAGACUUCACUUGGAGAUUUUACAAUCGACCUGUUCACUGACGAAAGGCCAAAAUGUUGUAAAAAUUUCCUGAAGUUAUGCAAAGUCAAGUAUUAUAACUUCUGCCUAUUCCAUUCUGUUCAGAGAAAUUUCAUAGCUCAAACUGGUGAUCCCGAUGGAAAUGGUAGAGGGGGAGAAUCUAUUUAUGGAACUUUAUAUGGAGAGCAAGCCAGAUAUUUUGAUUGGGAGUUUGUGCCUAAAAUAAAACAUGUAAAACAAGGUCUUGUUUCUAUGGUAAACAAUGGCAACAAUAUGCAUGGAUCACAGUUUUUCCUGACUCUUGGUGAUUCAUUGGACUACUUGGAUGGUGUACAUACAGUAAUUGGUGAGAUCACCGAAGGGUUGGAGGUCAUCCAGAAGUUAAAUGAAGCAUAUUGUGAUGAAAAGUUCAAACCAUUCAGGGAUAUCAGAAUACACCACACUAUCAUCUUAGAAGAUCCUUUUGAAGAUCCACCAGGUUUAGAUAUGCCAGACAGAUCUCCUUCUCCCCCUCCAGCAGUUAUUGAGCGAGCACGUUUAGCUGCUGAUGCUGAAAUUGAUGACCUGGAAGGAAUGACAGAAGAAGAAAUUAGAGAAAUUAUGGAAGAGAGAGAAGAAAAAGCCAAUGCCCAGUUAUUAGAAAUGAUAGGAGAUUUACCUUCUACAGAUAUCACAGCACCUGAAAACAUUCUAUUUGUUUGUAAACUUAACUCUGUCACUACAGAUGAAGAUCUGGAAAUUAUAUUUUCAAGAUUUGGUACAAUAAAAAGCUGUGAAGUGAUCAGAGAUCAGAAAACAGGAGAGUCCCUACAGUAUGCCUUUAUUGAAUUUGAAAAGAAAAAAGAUUGUGAGAGUGCAUACUUCAAGAUGGAUAAUGUUCUUAUUGAUGAUAGGAGAAUUCAUGUGGACUUCAGUCAGUCUGUCUCCAAAGUCAAAUGGAAAGGAAAAGGAAAAGGUGUGGAAACAAUAAAAGAAGAUCCAAAGAAACCAAAAUAUACAAUUAAAGAUAAAUCACAGAGACAAGACAAUAAUUAUGAACUGGUAUUUGAAGAAAAUGGUGAUAACAAGAGUUCUAAGAAGAAACGUCAAGACAAGUCACAUGACAGAGAUGAGGAUUACAGAAAUAAGACAAAACACAGAAGUAGAUCGCGAAGUCCUGACAGGAGAAAACACAGGUCACCAGAGAGAAACAGAAGAGAUGAAAGAAAAAGAAGCAAUGACAGACGCAACAGAUAUUCUCCUCCUCAAAGAUCUAGAGGAGAAAGGUACUCAUCACCGUCAAGAUAUAGGGACAACAGGCAGAGGUCACCACAUAGAGGAAAGGGAGACAACUACUUUACACCUCCAAGAUAUUGGGAUGAUAGAAACUCUCCAUCAAUGCAGAGGGAAAGAAAAAUGGACAGACAUAGGUCACCAGCACACAGGGAUAGAGGAAUAGAAGAGCGGAAUAAUAGCAGAUUAUCAGAAAAAGUAGUGGACAAAAAGAGGAAUAAGAAAAAAUAUGAAAGUUCUGAUAACGAAUCAUUAGAUAGACAGAAAAGUAAAAAGAAAAAGAGACAUUCAGUUAGUUCUGAAGAUGAAUCAUUAGAAAGACAGAAAAGUAAAAAGAAGAAAAGAGUUUCAGUGAGUUCUGAUGAAGAUGAAAGAAAGAAGGCCAAAAAGAAAAAAACUAAAAAAAAUGACAGUUCAGAUGAUGAACAUGUUCCUUAAAAGAAGAAAAAUAAAAAGGAUCAGUUUUCAGAUGAUAGUGAUGACAAGGAGAGUAAGAGUGGAAAGAAAAAGAAAAAGAAGAAAAAAUAUAGUAGCUCUGAGGAAGAACCAGUUAAACAUUCCAAGAAAAAACAAUAUCGAACAAAUUCAAAAUCUGACAGUGAAUCGCCACUAAAUGAUAGAAAAUAUAACUCUGAUAAAUAUCAGUCUAAAUCUGUAAAAGACUAUA